AUGUGUCUCCUCCUUUUUUCAUUAUUCCAAUUCAACAAUUGUUUACCAUCAUAUCCGACUUCGAAAAGUGUUUCCAAAACCGACAACUUCCUUCAACUCCUAAAAUGUGUCCGAUAUUUGAGAACAAUGUGAGUGGGCGAGCAAAAACAUCGCAAUUAAAAUUUCAAAUCUUAAAAUAAUUUGUUUUUUUUUCUUCAGAGGAAACCGCAUAACUUUGUCGUCGAAUUCGCAGCGAAUGAUUUUAAUGAAUGAUGAAGGUGGGUGUACUUUGUGAGAAAUGAAUAUUCGUGAGUAAAUAAUAUUUUUUAUAGGAAAGGAAGUGAUGUGUGAUGAGUCCGGAGGAUAUCUUCAAGUUCGUGCAAAAUCCGACAGAAGUUGCCAAUUUUCACCGAUUCACUGCCUUUUCAAAAAACGUUUGCAGAAUAAUAAUCGAGUUACUAAUUACUAUUAA